UGGAUAUAGAAUUUAAAAAUAAUGAUGCCUCUAGGCUAGGUUAGUAUCUGGUAUUAUGUUUGAAAAGUUUUCUUGAUAUAAGCUUUCGUGAAGUUGCAAUUUGAUCAGGCUAUUGGAAUGUUAUUAGAUUUUAAGGACACUUUGUUCUUGUCACUAGAAUAUUUACAGAUAAUUAUACACAAUACACAGUACAGUCUAUUAACCUACUCCGUAACGUGUUCGAGUGAUGAGAUGUCAAGCCAGAACUUCGUGCGAUUUGGCUGACUAGAUUGGGUUCAGUAGGCAGGGUACGUCCGCGUCUCCUCCCACCAAGAAAGCUUAAAAAUGCAUUCACACUACAAAUCCCACAAUGCAUCUUUUGUCAGUGUUUCUUCUGAAACCCCCUUGAAAUGCAACGAUAAAGUUGGCCGGCGGAGUGAACGUUAUGGAAGUGUUUUAACAUAGCUAUUUCCUUUGUUUCCGAAGAAGACAGUAUAUCAGGAUAAUAAGCGAUAGGCUUAUACCAAGAUGCCGGCCCGUAAGCAGGAGUUUGUAAAGAAGGGGGUCGGCGGGCCUCGAGGAAGCUCGGUUAUAAACUUUAGACCAGUAGUGAGUGCGACGUCUCAACGCCGGAGUUCAGCGGUCUUGCCAUCAGUCUUGACGUUCGCCGUUAUCGUGGCGUCCGGAGGCCUUCUGCUGAUGAUAGAGAAAGGAAUGUUGAAUAAUAUGGAGACACCGCCACCGCGGGGGAACGGCAAGAAUGCAAACUAUCUCCAGCAAGUGAGGCAUCAUGAUUCAACUGUGGACGUGGAAUCUCAAAUUCUGCAGGAGAUCCGUAACCGCACCAUCCGCUCCAUGUGCGGCCAGAAGAACAUGCCCCACAACGUGUGGUCGCUGAGCGCCUUCCAGCGGAAGACGCUGCUGCAGCACAUCCUGGUGAGCGAGGAGCACCGAUUCCUCUACUGCUACGUGCCCAAGGUGGCCUGCUCCAACUGGAAGCGCAUGCUGAAGGUGCUGAGUGGCGCCCUGCCCGGGGUGGAUGCCAAGGGGAAGAUGGACCACCGCGCCGACCUCCUCUUCCUGUCCGACCUGCAGCCGGAGCAGAUCCGGCACCGCCUGCGCCACUACUACAAGUUCAUGUUCGUGCGCGACCCCAUGGCGCGCCUGCUCUCGGCCUACCGCAACAAGUUCGGCGAGAUCGAGUCCUACCAGAAGAAGUACGGCGCCGAGAUCGUCCGGCGCUACCGCAAGGGCCACGCCAAAGACACGAACAUCGCCGGGGACGACGUGACGUUCACGGAGUUCGUGCGCUACCUGUUGGACGAGGACUCGGACCGCAUGAACGAACACUGGAUGCCCAUGUACAACCUGUGCCAGCCGUGUGCCGUAACCUACGACUUCAUUGGGUCGUACGAGCGGUUGGAGGCCGAUGCCGCACAUGUCCUAGAAAAGGUGGGCGCGGCGCCACACCUGCAGUUCCCAGAGCGCCAGUCCUGGUACAAGCCGGUCACCAAAGAGACGUUGCAUUACUACCUGUGCAGCGUACCGCAGAAGCUGCUGCGAGAGCUGCUGCCCAAGUACAUUUUAGAUUUCUCGCUUUUUGGAUACUCCCUCCCCAACACAACCGCAGAACACUGCAGACACUAAAGCAGGGAGAACAGACUUUUAUAAAUGUUAUUUUCAGGUGCUAUUUAAAUAUGUAGCCCUGUUACACUCCCCCAUUAUAUUAGUUCAUGUAAAGAAAGGAUCGGGAAACUGACAGGAUGUGGUUUGGAUGAGGUUGAAACCACUAUGCGAACAGGGAAUAAGGCAGACUCAACUGCAAUGGCAAAAGGAGAUUUUCACCAUCUUUGACACUGUUCAAGGACCCCAACAAUUAGAGGGGAACCCUUAAAACCACCCUUGGAUCUGGACCAGGUGGUAGCCCACCCUGAAGCAGGUCUAGACCUGAUUAGGUGGAUACACGCCAUAUUUUACUAAACCAUCAUCAUACUAUUCGGUCUAUACUUAGAAUAACAACUUAAAGUUGAGAGUACUCAGUGGGAUGGAUGUUUGAAAGGAUGAGUGAAGAGAACUCAACACAUGACUGUCAUGGUGGUGGCAUGCCAUUUUAUUUAAUUUUUUUAAAGCUGCUGUAAGCAAUGUUAGCAGUUCCUGCUGACUUCUCCUAGACAACCAUCAUAGAAAUCCAUCAUGUCCCUUUAAUGUGUUGAGCACACUCAAGAUAACUGGUAGACACUGAUCACCACUGUGAAAUCUUCGACAUUGUUUCAGGCGAGAAUACUGUAUUUUCUGAUUGAAGUGCUUUUUGCCUGUUUUAGUAUUGUCUAUUACAGGGUGUGAGAACAGAUGGUGUAAGGUUUUAUGUAAUAUUGUUCACAGCAGCUUUAAUCCCCCGUCUUCCGCCUAGUUUGCAUCGAGACAGCUUUAGUAUGUACAGUAUCGAGGAAACUUAAAAACUAUGCAACUCAUCUGAAAAAGGAAGUUGGUAUAUACCACUUGCAGCUGUUGCUGCAGGUAAGAGCACUUUUCUCUGGCUGGCUACAGAGAACACAGAAUACUCAGCAAUGCAAAUGAGCUCUUGGUUUCUGAUCUUGCAGUGGCAAUUAAUAUUGUAAAUGUUGUAACUUAACAAAAGUCAAGCCUUAACUCAACUGUAUACUCUACUGAAGCUGUCAAUGGACUUAAAAAGCUCUUUUGAGGAUCAUAGAUGUGAUUUUAUUGGCUUGAUACGAGUUCAUAUUUUGGCAGCCAAUCACAUCCUUUCUAUGGUAGAAUCCUUCCUUAUUUAAAUUGGCUCCACCAGUGGACCGGUUCCCAACACCUGCUGUGAAGAGCGAGUCACACACACCCAGCACUCCAUACACCUCUACUGCCAGCCGGUACCCAAGACACACUCCACUGUUCUACCACAUAUUCACGCACACAGGAAGAGAAAUCCAAUAAACACAUUCCUGAAUCAGACCGAUGUUAUCUAUGACAAGUUUAUUGGAGCCGAAUGAAUAAACAAACUACUUCACGAUUUUAA